CUCAUCGCCAGGAUCUAUUUCCUCCAUCUAUCUAUCUAUCCUUCCAGCCCUCCAGCUAGAAAUAGCUCCUCUCGUAGAAGGGAUAGUGCUUUCUCUUUCCUCUCUCAAAAUACCAGAGAGGAUAGAGAAAGACACAAACUCCUGUAGAGAUACAUAGACACACAGAAACACACACACACCCCAACAGCCACCGCCAUGAACGGCACAGAGGGCCCAAACUUCUACGUGCCCAUGUCUAACAAGACAGGGGUGGUGCGGAGCCCCUUUGAGUACCCUCAGUACUACCUAGCUGCACCCUGGAAGUAUUCGCUCCUCGCUGCCUACAUGAUCUUUCUCAUCAUCACAGCCUUCCCCGUCAAUUUUCUUACGCUCUACGUCACGGUGCAGCACAAGAAGCUACGGACCCCCCUGAACUACAUCCUGUUGAAUCUGGCUGUGGCUGACCUCUUCAUGGUGGUGGGGGGCUUCACUGUGACCCUCGCCACAGCCCUACAGGGAUACUUCUUCCUGGGGAUCACCGGCUGCAAUGUUGAAGGAUUCUUCGCCACUAUGGGAGGGGAGAUCGCCCUUUGGUCUCUCGUUGUAUUGGCCAUCGAGCGUUAUAUCGUGGUGUGCAAACCGAUGACCAACUUCCGCUUCAAUGACAGGCACGCCAUUGUGGGCGUGGCCUUCACCUGGAUCAUGUCUCUCACCUGUGCUGUACCUCCAUUGUGUGGCUGGUCCAGGUACAUCCCAGAGGGCAUGCAGUGUUCCUGUGGGAUUGACUACUACACCCCGAAGCCUGAACUGGGCAACACCUCCUUUGUCAUCUACAUGUUCACCCUCCACUUCUCCAUCCCUCUGGUCAUCAUCGGCUUCUGCUACGGCCGUUUGCUCUGCACCGUUCGCGCGGCGGCAGCCCUACAGCAGGAGUCGGAGACCACACAGAGGGCAGAGAAGGAAGUGACCCGUAUGGUGAUCGUCAUGGUCAUCUCGUAUCUGGUAUGCUGGGUGCCCUAUGCCACCGUGGCCUGGUACAUCUUUGCCAACCAGGGCACCAACUUCGGCCCUGUCAUGAUGACCAUUCCAGCCUUCUUUGCCAAAAGUGCUGCCCUCUACAACCCAGUCAUCUAUAUUCUACUCAACAGACAGUUCAGGAACUGCAUGUUGACCAUGGUGUGUUGCGGGAAGAACCCAUUCGGUGAGGAGGAGACCUCCACCGCCUCCUCCAAAACACAGGCCUCCUCCAUCUCUGCCAGCCAGGUCGCCCCUGCCUGACCUACGACCUGGAAACCCUGACUCCUUACCUAGCCCAGCCCAUCUGGGGACCCACGCCAAGCAGCAGCCUCCGAUAGGCCAAUGUUCUCUCGAUUUACCUCUGUCUACACUGCAGGGGUGUGCCUGUUGUAUCUGUAUCCCUCAUUGUGACCUAAGCAUAACAAACCAAGGAACAGUGCUUAGUUGGCUUCAUCAAUCGGUUACUGGAGUUGGUAGAAGUUGCCUCAAACCACUGAUAAAGGGUCAGAUUAUUUUUACUCCCCCUUAAAGGUUAAGGUUAGGAAUAGGGGUUGCAUUGUCUGAUGCUAGGUCUGUGGUUAGGGCAUCUCGACUUCUACCUCAAGCACUUUUAGCAGCACAACUGGGUGUCAUUUUGGUGGCUGUCCAACUAAACACGUUCCAUGGGAUCCCCUCCCAUUGAAACACGUUCAAUAACUUAGUGUUGAAGUGAAACCUUCUAAAUCCUCAAUAUAAGAAACAUGUCAACUUUUGGUUACGUAAUUGUUCAGCUUAUCCCCCUUAAAUAUGCUUUAAAGUAUCUAUUUGUUAAAUGAAUACUUAGGGUCAAAUGCGUUUUACAUUUGUUUAGAGUGUGCCUACCCAUAAAGUGUUGAGGAGAGCUCUCCCCUGGUUUCUGUGUCUUUCCCAUGAUGAGGCUGAGGUGGUUAGCUCUUAACUAUUGGCUCGGACCAGGUCCUGAAUGUAAACAAAUGGACCUGCUUAGAACCUCUGCAGAGAGAAGCCACCUCCUGAGAGUGUGUGUUAGUGUGCGUGUGUGCAUGAGUGUGUGCAUGCGUAUAUGUUUAAAAGCUCUGGAGACAGGACAAGUGUUAAUAAUGUAAAGAUUAGGAUGUUGUACGUGAUGUGGAAAUAAAGUUGUUAAAUGUCCGGGAAUAAAAAUGACGAUAAAAAAUUGUGAGACCUUUCUUUUUCAUAGCUGUUCCUUUCAUAUGGGAGCAUUUACAGUCCUAGCCUUUCUGAAAAAGUCCAGAUGCCCAUUGGGUUGUUAGGUAGUAUGCACAACCAAUCAAGAUAGCACUAAAACAAACACUACAUUGCUACCCUGUGGUUUACAAAUGUUGCUUUGCUGACAUUUUCUCAGUUUGCAUAGGUCUAGGGCCUAGAUUCAGUCAGAUCAAGCCUUAACCAGCGAUAGCAGACACCCGCAUAGCAAAUGUUUUGGCAAUGUCGAGGUGGAACUGCGCUGCUGUUGCGAUCGUUGUCACGAAGCCACAGCGUUAGAAGUUCAGAAUGAGAAAGUGUAGGCUAUAUAGAAAUAAUGACGCUCAAAUGUUUUAAUCAUGAAACA